AUGAGCAACACUGCCACCCUCGGUGUCAGCUUGCGCCCGACGGUCGUGAGGCGGGACACGGAGGCCAUCCUGUCCUACUACCAGUCCGAGCUCGCAGACAGCGGCAGGGAUUAUUCCAUCACCGAAGAUUAUUGGGACGCCGAUACGCCGGUACUGAGUGCCACAGGCCACCGACGGACGACCAGCACAUCCUCGUCCAGCUCGUUAUAUAGCACUCCGGCCACACCACCUCCUGUGCCCGACGCCCCUCUCCCGCACCACCAGGACAGCAUCGCAGCGUCCGGCAGCCACCGGCGACGACCGAGCAACCUGUCCGCGCAUUCGCACGAGGAUAACCGCAGAAUGGCGAUCGUACAGAACAAUACGGACCGGUUCCUCGCCCUCGACGGGCGCUCGCGCUCUGGCGGACCGGGCGGCGCGUCCCCAUCAGCGUCUUCUCCGUCGAACAAGCUGAGGAAGAAGUCCGGCCAUGUGCGCGGUGCCACGACCACGAACAUCAGCGUAGGAUCUGGCUCUGCGCCUCACCAGCGAUCCAUGUCCGACCCCGAUGCUUUCGCCAAUGCGCCCACCAUGACCACGCGACCGUCUCGAGACCAGCUCGCGACACUGGCGACGGCGAAUAUUCCGCCACCGCGCCCAAGACAGGAGCCGGGCGAAGAGACGCCCAGGAUCGCCAAGCAACACUCGUCUGGCCCGCCCCCGCCACGCGCCACGUUCUCAAUCGACGCCGCAUCAGCGCCUCCGCCGCGACCGCCCCGGCUGCGCUCGCCGUCGCCGAUGGUGCCCCGGCCCGGCUCCUCCGGCGAGGGGACGCCGGCUUCCAUCGCACAGGCGCUCUCCACCAGGACAUCCGCUUCCUCUCUUCGGCCGCAUCCCUCGGACGGACCGUCGCACUCGGACCCAUCACUCUCGCCCGUGGACGAGAAGGAACCCUCUUCUAAUUUCACACCCUCACCCCACGGGGAACGCGAGCGCUCCUCCCACCAUGUCCGCGAAGGCGCUUUCAUGCCCUCACGCAUCAUGGUAACGCCCGCAGAGCAGCAGCCUCAAGAUACCGUGCGCCUCGUCAACUCCCCCUCGGACUAUCUCCCACUUGCUGCGCCCGAACGCACCACGUCUGCUAUCGAUGGGCUACCCGCGACUCUUGACACAUCAGCACACGCGCCUCUGUCUCUACACUUGCCUCGACCGGACCUCAACCGGGAUAACAGCUGGGUCACCGUUCAGAUUCCGAGCGAUCCACCCAGCGAAUACUCGUCGACCGCGGCGUCCAUGGAGUUCGAGCCGCCUGUGCCAUAUACUCCGGAUACUGAGCCCGAGGCCACCCCUUCCCCGGCAAACGUAUCCACGCCCGGGUUGCGCAGCAGAAAGGAGGGUGCAGAACCAAGCCGACCCUCUGGCUUGUCCUCCGCAGACAAGCGCAACUCAACACUCCCCCGUCCGCCGAGCGUGAGCACGGCGCGCACACCUUCUCCCCCGCCCACGCCCUGGACACGGCCUGUCCGGCGGAAGAAGAUAUCGGCAUGGCCGGACGCGAUGUACUGUCGCGACGUGAUGAGCCAACGGACAUGUCUUGAGCGCGCGAAGGGCUAUGCGGCCAAGAUCAACGAGCUUGACCAAUACGACUGCGGGUUGAGCGAUUGGCUGACUUCUGUGCACGCGCGCAGAACCAAGGGCGAGCGCUCGCUCCCGACCUCGUCCAAUCAACCGGCGUACACCGCGAUGCAGGUCGCGCAGCCGCGCCAGGUCUCGCGCGCGUCUAUCUCGUCCGAAGCCACAUUCCCGAUACGCCCAGAUGCAUGGACCGCGACUGACCUCACCACGCGACCGUCGGAUACGGUGACUGCAGCCCCACCACCCUUACCCUACCCUGCGCUUGCGGCCGCGACGGCAAGCACCCCGCCCGUCACCAAUAACCGACUUUCAUUUGUCCCGCUCUCGGGAGGAUCCGCCCCACGCAGUCUUCCCAUCCAUGCAGGCCGUUCGGGGCCUGCCUCCAUUCAGGGUCACGGAGGCGGGUUCUUCGCAUCGUUGGGGCGGAAUCAUAGCUUGAGGAAGGAAGAGAGAACACUGCUACCGCCGCCUCAGCAACAACAGCAACGCGAACCUGCGCGCUUGAUCAAAGCACCGCCCAAGCCCAUCCAGGUUCAGAGUACGCCGACAGUCCCCGGUGGCCCGCGCGCAGCACCACACCGCAUGUCGCGCUCGCAGACGUUGAAUCUACCCCCGCCCGUGUCGUCUAACGGACAUACCUCUGCGCCCGAGAGCGCUCCGCUGAGCAAGACGUCGAAUCCGCAGCCUCAGAUGAGGAGACGGAGCAACACGCUGAAGCGCCCCUCGCUAUUCGGCGGCACCCGUGACCGCGACCGAGCGUCGGGCUCCGGAGGGCCGUCCCCCCAGCGCUCGCAGAGUAGCGGCCUCAAUCACAAUCCUUCGCCGUCUCCGGAGCGGGAUCCUGUGCUCGCUGCGGACUUCCAGGCGCAAGUGGAUAAGCUUGCGGAUAUCAUACCGCAUGCGGACCGGGAGGUGCUAGCAGGGUAUCUGAAGAGGGCUGGGCAGGACAUCUUGGCUAUCGGACAAUAUCUGGAAGACGAGAAGAACGGGACCGUCCGAAGGUCAUAA